ACUGUUAUCUUACACACUGCAGCUUACAUUUUAACCUUUGUAUUUUUAGUUCCAGUUCGAAAUUAUUCUCAUUCAUUUCAAAUUUCAAUGAUCAAUACACGUGUAGUGAUUCUUUCGUGUUUAUGUGUUGCAUCAUCUUUUCUCAUUUACCAAGUAUUUCAUUCGGUGAGUGACAAUAGUGAUACAACUACGAUGGGUUUUAAUUCAAAAUUAGUGUCUGUAAUUAAUCGUAUAAUACAAGGAUAUUUUCCAAAAAAGAUUACCAAAUCUCAAGUUUCUAAGAGGGUGUCAUCAUCAGAAAAGGAAUCCAUCUUCAUUAACAAAAAUUUACGUAUACCUUGCGAUGAAAAUGAAUGCGAACUAUCAAUUUCUUAUCGUACUCCUUGUAAAUGUGUUAACAAAAUGAUGGAUGCACUGGCUGAUAAAUUCAAAGAUCCGAGAAAGUUUCCCCAAAAUGAGCAAAGUAUCAGUAAAUCUUUUAACGAGUACGCUAAAAAUACUCUUCUCAUCGAAGAUGUUUCUCCCACUGACGAGAAUAUUGAAAUUAUUAGAAAUGCAUCCCUGUACGCGGAAACCCUAAAUUUACAAAAUUUCAGUUUGAACCAUUUGCUCGAAAUACAUCGAUUAGUUAUGAUAAAAAAUGACCAACUUGCUGGUAUAAUAAGAGACCAAGAUGUAGUUAUUCGACUACCGGACGAAGGAUCAGUGAUGAGAUUCAGGAAAACACCUUCGCCACACGAACUUGAAAAACAUCUGAAGGACUACUUCGAAUGGUUCAAGUCAGAAAUUAAUAGCCAAACGAACGCGCUGGUUUUCGCUGCUAUGGCUAAAUAUUAUUUCGUCACUAUCCAUCCAUUUGGCGAUGGAAAUGGCAGAACGUCGAGGGUCAUCUUGAAUACUAUUUUACGUAAAUUUAUGCCUUGUUGGGUUACCAUACCAGUAGCUGAAAUUGAAACAUAUUAUGCGGUUCUUGGCAUUGUGCAGGAGAGCAAAAACGUAAAUCCGUACUUGGCAUACAUCACCGAGUGUAUAAGAAGAUCAUUGGAUGAUUACACUCAGGAUGCAACUCGUAUGUAGAAAUAAUCCAUAUCCCCAUGCCGCGAGAUUCGCAACCAUCGUCAGGUAGGGGAGGGGGAACGUGUUCCAAAACGUUAAAAAACGGCGCUAAUUCGAGAAUUUUUUGCUAAAAUCAUUGAAAUGAAUAAUUUCGUGCUUCGAUUAAGCGAAUUUUUGCAGCUUUGAGAAAUGUUAGGACAUACAAUCCACUUGCUGCAAUCUCUCUUGCUGUCAAAAUUAUUCACCAUCGAUACUAUAGUUUUAGAUCCAAAAAAAUCAACACAGAGACAGAAUUUUCAAAAAUGACAGAAAUAUUGAAUUUUAAAUGGUGGGGGAGGGGGGGUAUUCUAGACCUUCACAAAACCCUCAUACCGGUUCUAAAUGUGUAUAGCUCCGACUCUCAGUAUUUGCUUUAACUUUUUGUGAUCCAGAAAAUUCUUCGAAGGACCAAGUCAUUGGUCCAAAAGAAGCUUGACAAUUAUUAGGCAAACUUUCAUAUGCUCAUAAAAAGUUUUAUUUUUUUAAUAAUAAGAAAAUUCAAGAAUUAAUGACGGAUAACGAUAUCAAAAAUCAACGCCAAGUCUCCUGCAAUGUGUUCUAUAAAAAUUAUCCACUCAUGGCUGCACUUGAUUGGUAAAAUUCACAGGAAUAUUGAUUCUUGGAAUAUGUUCAAUGCAUCGGUAAGCGCGUGUCAAUUCAAUUCUAACUACGAGACGUAAUUUUGUGAACAAAGUAUAAAUUUUUUUUUAUAUAGUCAUUAUUAUAAUAAUGUAUUUUUAUAAGCUUAUUUUAAAUCAUUUUUUAUAUUAUUUUUUCCUUUUUUCACCUUCAUCUGCUGAUUCUGGUUUAAGUAUAUAAAUAAAUAAAAAUAAAAUAAAACGUUUGUAUUUUUUA